GGCAGGAACAGGCUCACUUCCAAGAUCCCUCUGAGCAGAAUGGAAACAAAGAAAAACACAACGCUGAGAGAGGGCUUCCUCGUGAAGAGGGGUCAUCUCGUCCACAACUGGAAGCCGCGCUGGUUCGCUUUGAUGCCGGACAAGCUGCUGUAUUAUAAAUACGACGGAGGAAAAAGAGACUCGUGCCAGCGAGGGAAGAUCCUCCUGAAGGACUGCGUGAUCACUUCUCCUUUCCUGGACUAUGAAAACCGACCGCUGGUGAUCAAGCUCCGGACGAAGAAUGGCGUGGAUCAUUUCCUGGAGGCUUGUUCCCGGGAGGAGAGGGACGACUGGGCGGGAGAUAUCAGCGCCGCCACGGAGAAACUGCGGGGCCCCGAAGGUGUGAAAGGGCCAGAUCUGCAAACUACUACUACUACAGGACCCCAGCUGCACGACAUCAAUCUGAUCAAAGUGCUGGAGUCCAUGUAUGACCUGCACAGUGGAAUCAAGAUGGGAAACCACUUGGAUCAUGGCAGCUCGUACAGCAACUGUUUCUCAGGCUCUGCGGUGGUGGACUGGCUGGUGUUCUCUCAGCUGGCUCUGACCCGGGUGGAGGCUCUGACUGUGGCCUCCGCCCUGCAGGAGGAGAGCUUCCUGUGGCCCGUCGGUCUGAAGAGCGUGGAGGCGCUGAGAACCGCCGGACUCACGGAGCACUUCAUGGACGACUCCACCGCUCUCUACAGCUUCUCCGACAGCUUGAAGAAGAGAGGCAGCGUGAAGGCCGAGACCUCAAUGUCUGCAGUGGAGCUCAGUGGGAAAGUGAUCAAGAGAGGAUAUCUACUCAAACAGGGUCACAGGAGGAAGAACUGGAAGGUCCGUCUGUUCGUUCUUCGCUCAGAGCCGGCGUACCUCCACUACUACGACCCCACCAAGGAUGACAUCAGUCCCGUGGGCGGCUUCUCUCUGAGAGCAUGUCUGGUUUCCUCGCUGGGAGAUAACGGAGUUCCCUCAGGUGUUAAAGGAAACAUUCAGGGCAACCUCUUCAAGAUCAUCACUCAGGAGGACACUCAUUACUUCAUCCAGGCUCCGACUCAGCAGCAGAAGAUGGACUGGAUCGAGGCCAUCCGACAGCACACAUAGAGCAGCGGGUCAAAACUGUUUUAAUUAUGCAGCUCCAGUACUGUAUAGAGAAGACUUACACAUUCCAUGAAUGUAAACUGUAGCAGGAGAGAGACGAGGGCCAUGCAAUUUAAAAAGGAAAGUGUUAGUGGUUAAGAACAUUUCAGAUUUUCCAAUUCUAAAAUCUAAGUGCUUUCAGGAUGAUUGUUCAGUAUUUAAAGUUUUAAAAGAAGGAUUUAAAGGCUCUAAAAGCACAAAAGUCGUAGGAAAUUCACCUUUAAUUAAUAUCUCAGUUUGAGUUCAAAUGUUGAGUGUGUUUUACAAGAUGUUUAUUAUUUAAACUUAAAGGUCCCAUGUCAUGCUUUUCUGGUUAUUACCCGUCCCCUUGUGUGUUAUGAAG